AUGAGCCUGUUCUCCUUUGAAGGAGCCAAGGAGAUGCAUUCAAAUGUUUACAUCCCGCUGGUUCUCACUGUCUACAUCUUCACCUUCCUGAUCGGCCUCCCGUCCAAUCUCCUGGCCUUCUACACCUUCCUGGUGAAGGUCCGCCAGAAACCCACCCCUGUCGACAUCCUUCUCCUCAGCCUCUCCGUCUCCGACAUCUUCCUCCUCGUUUUUCUCCCCUUCAAGAUGGUGGAGGCUGCCUCAGGCCUGGAGUGGCCCUUGCCUGUUUUCCUCUGCCCACUCACCAACUACUUCUACUACAAUAGCAUCUACAUCAGCUCCCUCUUACUCAUGGCCGUCAGCGUUGAUCGUUACCUCGGGGUGGCCUUUCCCAUCAAGUACAAGCUCCGACGCCGUCCAGCUUAUGCUGUCGCCACCUCCGUGGUCUUCUGGGUGUUGGGCUGUGCCCACUGCAGCUUUGUCUACAUUGUCCACUACGAGGUCCUGAGCCCCAAUGGGACCGUGACCGCCAAUAACGCGUCUAACUGCUACGAAGUUUUCUCCCCUAUGCAGCUCCAGAUCCUCCUCCCUGUCCGCCUGGAGUUCUUCAUUGUCCUCUUCUGUCUUCCCUUCACCAUCACCAUCUUCUGCUACGUCAACCUCAUCCGCAUCCUGCUGGCCUUGCCCAACAUCACAGCCCGGAGGAAGCAGCGGGCCGUGGGCCUGGCUCUGGUCACCUUGUUCAACUUCAUAGUCUGCUUCGCCCCCUACAACCUGUCCCAUGUGGUGGGCUUUGUUCAGAACAAGAGCCCCAAAUGGAGGGUGUACGCUCUUCUCCUCAGCACCCUCAAUGCCGCCUUGGACCCUGCCAUCUUCUACUUCUCCUCCACUGCCGUCCAACAAGCCUUCGCCAAGUACCUGGCUGCCCUGUGGCACAAACUCAGCGCCAUCUUGGCCUGGUGCCAUCUUCCCUGCUUGACUCGCUGUGCGGAAGGAGGCAGAGAGGUGGAGGCAACAAGUGGGAUGGAGGCUGAGGAGUUGACAACUUGA